GUAAGUUUCGCUUCCGCAGCAUGGACAACCACGCGUUGGCUUGAACGUCGUCGCAACGUUUGUGUUCUUCCUUACAGAAAGGUUACUCGGUUUAGAUUACGUAAAGUUUGACCAUUUAAACUGGUGCUUGUUCCUUCCGGUUAUAUUUACCCACCGUCAAUCAGCGUCACUUUGCGCAAGCAAAUCGUGGAUUGCGCCGAGCUGGUAACGUCGUCUUCCAGCCGCUUACCUGCAGCGUGAGCAAAAAUGUCUUUAGCAGAUGAAUUGCUCGCCGAUCUGGAAGAUGCGGGAGACCUCGAGGAAGACCAGCUCUACCAGCAGGACACGCACAUUCAAGAGGUCGAAGAUGUCAUACCGCUCGAAAUCGACACGAAGGUUAAGUCGGUUCGGGCGAUCGCCAAACUACGGGACUCCGAAGAGCUGGGGCGUGUCAUGAGAGAAAUUAAACAGAAGGUGGUGCAGCCUCGCAAGGAAGAAGUGACCGGCCCCGUCGAAGCAGACCCGGAGUACCAGCUCAUCGUGGAAGCCAACAACCUCGCCGUUGAGAUUGACAACGAAAUAAACAUCAUUCACAAGUUCACCCGAGACAACUACCAGAAGCGAUUUCCUGAGCUCGAGUCCCUCGUUCCCGGAGCCCUGGAUUAUGUUCUUACUGUGAAGGAACUUGGCAACACCUUGGAAAAGGCCAAGAACAACGAAGUGCUGCAGAGUUUUUUGACACCUGCUACGAUAAUGGUCGUCAGUGUGACAGCUUCAACAACACAGGGGCAGCUGCUUUCGCAAGAGGAGCUGGCAACCAUCUUUGAGGCGUGCGACAUGGCUCUUGAGCUGAAUGACUUCAAGCAGGAGAUCUACUCGUACGUCGAGUCACGGAUGUCUUUCAUAGCACCCAAUCUCUCUCAGAUUGUCGGAGCAUCUGUCGCAGCCAAGUUGAUGGGUGUGGCCGGCGGCCUGACCAACCUGUCCAAGAUGCCCGCCUGCAAUGUGCUCGUGCUGGGCUCCCAGAAGCGCACCCUCUCGGGCUUCUCUUCCACUGCCGUCAUGCCACACACGGGCUUCGUUUACUACACGGACAUCGUCCAGAACACACCUGCGGACCUGAGACGCAAGGCCUCCCGGCUGCUGGCAGCCAAGUGCGUGCUGGCAGCGCGUGUGGACAGCUUCCACGAGGCCCCCGACGGCACAGUGGGCGUGUCCCUCCGGGAGGAGGUGGAACGGAAGCUGGACAAGCUCCAGGAACCGCCACCCGUCAAGCAGGUCAAGCCGCUGCCUCCGCCCAUCGACCAGAACAAGAAGAAGCGCGGAGGACGCAGGGUCCGACGAAUGAAGGAGCGAUUUGCCGUGACUGAGCUGCGGAAGCAAGCCAACCGAAUGAGUUUUGGAGAGAUUGAAGAAGAUGCCUACCAGGAAGACCUUGGCUUCAGCUCGGGGCAGAUUGGCAAGUCUGGCGCCGGUCGGAUCAGGUCAGCUCAGGUGGACGAGAAGACCAAAGUCCGCAUCUCCAAAACACUACAGAAAAACCUUCAGCGGCAACAAGUGUACGGAGGCAGCACAACGGUCCGGCGACACGUGUCCGGUACGGCUUCGAGCGUCGCGUUUACACCACUUCAGGGCCUGGAAAUCGUCAACCCCCAGGCGGCUGAAUCAAAGGCCGGCGACAGCGGCGCGAAGUAUUUCUCCAACACGGCGGGCUUCCUCAAGGUUGCAAAGCCGUGAACGACGACGCUCCACCUGUCCUCCCCAUUUGUACAUACGAGCAGUGAAUAAAGUUCAAUCAUUUGGUGCACA